AUGACCGCCAUGGCCGCAACCUCUCCAGCAGACGCAGCUGGUCCGUCAUUGUCAUUCGCCUCACACUAUGACGACAAGUUAACAACGAUUGUCCUUCUCCACGGAGGCUUCACUUGCCAUCUCGAGUUUGCACUCGUCCGUCCGCACCUCUCUGAAUUUCACCUCCUUGUCCCGGACCUACCGUUACAUUCUGCCUCACGACACAUCCAACCGGGCACGACGGACAACUCGGCCUGGCAUGUCGCACAGCUCAUUCGUUCCCACGCCCACGGCGGCAGGGCCCACGUCGUGGGUGUGUCCAUGGGCGGCUAUAUCGGGCAGUGUCUCGCGCUAGACCAGCCAGACCUUAUCCUCUCGCUCUUCGUCACCGGUGCUGCACCGCCUGUUGGGGCGCGUCUGUUCAUGGCGCAAUGGCCCAGCGUGACCUACUAUACCAUGAGGCUUACGCUGCAUUGGCUCCCGGACUGGGUGUAUCGGUAUCAGAUGGCAUCACUUGGCCUGCUGGUGAGCGACAAAUUGACAGCGGCGAUGAGGGAGAAUAUCACCUGGUCGCUCGUCCAAGACAUGUUCCCGUGGAUUCUGCGGUUUACGUUGGAUCACGUGCGGGCAUUGAAAGUGCGGACUCUGUCGAUUGCGGGUGCCCAAGGGGAUGACGUUCCGAUGAUGGAGAGGACGGCCGAUGCGCUGAGAAGUAGGCGGACCGACCAGGGUGAGGCGUGGCCUGAGGAUGGGUCAGGCGCCGUUGUGAUAAGGAAGGCAGCGCAUGGAUGGGAUAUGCAGUUCCCAGAGCUCUUUGCCCGGGGGGUGUCGGCUUGGGUGAAGAGGGAGAGGUUGCCUGCAGAGUUUGAGAGGCUGUAG